UCUACUCCGCCACCGAGACGCGCCUCCACGGCGCUGCUGCUUAACGUGUCUUUUAACCCCAAUUACAUUGACUUCGCACGAUAUCAAGAAGAAGGGUUUGAUAAAUAGACCUCGAAUACUAACCCGAACCGCGGUCGCCUGUCAUGUCCACUUCGCCGCCGGCCCCCUCGCCUUCGUCACCCGCCGAUUCCUCUCCUCCGGCCACCCCUGCCGCGCCUCCACCGGCUACCCCUGCCGCGCCUCCACCGGCUACCCCUGCUGCCCCGCCUCCGGCCACCCCUGCUGCCCCGCCUCCGGCUACCCCCGCUGCCCCGCCUCCGGCCACCCCCGCUGCCCCGCCUCCGGCCACCCCUGCUGCCCCGCCUCCGGCCACCCCCGCUGCCCCGCCUCCGGCAACCCCCGCCGCCCCGCCUCCGGCCACCCCCGCCGCCCCGCCUCCAGCAACCCCUGCAGCCCCGCCUCCGGCCACCCCUUCCGCUCCCCCGCCCACCUCACCUCCUCCCUCCCCCGCCAACCCGCCCCCAGCCUCGCCGCCUCCCACCAGCCCUUCCGGCUCUCCGCCGCCGCCGCCGCCCUCCGGGAAAACCCCGCCGUCUCCUCCGCCGCCGAGGACUCUGUCUCCGCCGCCACCCAGGACUCCGUCUCCUCCGUCGCCCAAGACUCCGACCGCCCCGUCUGCGCUCUCUCCGUCGUCGUCGUCUUCGAGCUCGGUCUCGACUCCGCUCGUGGUUGGCAUUGCGGUGGGCGGGGUGGUGAUCCUCUUGCUGCUAAGCUUAGUAUGCGUCUGUUGUUGGAAAAAGAAGCGCCGGCCGCCGCCUCCACCGCCCCGUUACUACGGUGCUGCCCCGCUGCCUCCGCAUGCAGGAAAAGAUGACCGGUAUGGUGAACAUUGGCAACAGAAUGCUCCACCUCCAGCAGAUCAUGUUGUCAAACUGCCUCCAGGUCCUCCUCCACCUCCUCCAUUUGCAUCACGUCCACCACACUCUCCAGGCCAUCUGCCCCCUCCACCUCCGCCUAUGAUAAGUAGCAGUGGAGGGUCUGGGUCCAAUUAUUCCGGUUCUGAGGUGCCACUGCCUCCAUCUCCUGGUGGCGCCCUUGGCCUCUCAAGAAGCACAUUCACCUAUGAACAGCUGGUUAUGGCAACCGAUGGUUUCUCUGAUGCUAAUCUCCUUGGGCAAGGUGGUUUCGGUUAUGUACACAGAGGAGUACUUCCCAAUGGUAAGGAAGUUGCAGUCAAGCAAUUGAAAAUCGGAAGUGGGCAGGGAGAGCGUGAAUUCCAGGCAGAGGUUGAUAUCAUUAGUCGUGUACAUCAUAAGCAUCUUGUUACGUUGGUUGGAUACUGCAUUUCUGGAGGCAAGAGGCUGCUUGUCUAUGAAUAUGUUCCUAACAAUACAUUGGAGUUCCAUUUGCAUGGGAGAGAUCGGCCAACUAUGGAAUGGUCUACACGAUUGAAAAUUGCACUGGGUUCUGCAAAGGGUUUGGCAUAUCUUCAUGAGGACUGUCACCCUAAGAUUAUUCACCGUGAUAUUAAGGCAGCUAACAUUCUUCUUGAUUACAAAUUUGAGCCAAAGGUUGCAGAUUUUGGUCUUGCAAAGUUUGCUUCUGAUAACAACACCCAUGUUUCCACUCGGGUUAUGGGAACCUUUGGUUAUCUGGCACCUGAAUAUGCAUCUUCAGGUAAACUCACUGAUAAAUCAGAUGUCUUUUCGUUCGGUGUCAUGCUUCUGGAGCUAAUCACUGGACGCCGUCCUGUUGAUUCGUCCCAAACUUUCAUGGAUGAUAGCUUAGUUGACUGGGCAAGGCCAUUGCUUACUCGAGCUCUUGAGGAUGGCAAUUACGAUGCCCUUGUUGAUCCAAAGUUGGGUAGGAACUUUGACCCAAAUGAGAUGGCUUGCAUGAUUGCCUGUGCUGCUGCUUGUGUGCGCCACUCAGCACGGCGACGGCCAAGGAUGAGUCAGAUCAUGCGUGCUUUGGAAGGAGAUGUGUCUCUCGAAGAUCUGAACGAAGGCAUCAGGCCGGGUCAUAGCAGGUUUUACAGUUCGCAUGGCAGCUCCGACUAUGACUCUAGCCAGUACAAUGAGGACAUGAAGAAGUUCAGGAAAAUGGCACUGACACCGGAGUACGGCAGCAGCGACUACAGCGCACCUACCAGUGAGUAUGGCCAGCAUCCAUCGGCGUCGGCCAGCAGCGAAGGUCAACAUACACAGGAGAUAGAGACGGAGAAGAAGAAAGACAGCUCUGGCUUUGGCAGCAGCUUGUGAGAAGAAACUUUUGCAGAUUGCUCAAUUGUAAAGCACAAACAUCAUGUUCCAGCCAUAAGUAUAGUUUCUGGAAUGCUUUUAUAGGCUUCUUCAAAUAUGUUUAGGCCUUCUUUUGCCAAUAAUGAUGAACAUCCGACUGAUUCUUUUUA